AUGGACUGUCCCGACGGCAGCUGUGUUAUCCCCAACCUCACCCGCGGAGAAAAGCGCAAAGGGUUUGACCAUGCCAAUACACAGGAAACCUAUGAAGGCCUCUGUAACGACGCCCACAGUAUUGGUAGAAGCUAUCUCGACAACCAGUCUACCGCCUCCGAAAUUGAGGGCCGGCUGCAUGAUCUUUGGGAUGAACUCAUCCAUGUUGCGAGGACCACUCCAGCCCUUAACCCAGAGCACGACCGGCUCGUGGUUCUGAUCAUGAAAGUGCGAGAACUCGGCCCCUUUCCUGUCAACCAGAAAGACAGAGAUGUGUUGCCCCCCGCCGAGAUCCGCGAUACGGCUACCCUGCCUAACGGAGAGCGCCUGUGGGUUGAUUUACCCUACCUCGUGCAGGAGAUACAGGAUUCCUGGAUCAAUGAGUCAAUGGGGUUUUCGUCCGCAGAACGGCAGAGUCUCGCCGUACUGACCGCCAAAUUAUGUGCUGUCGGUAUCUGCUCUGACAGUCUUAGUCAUUGUGCUCUGUGGCUUUUUAAGGAGGCCCUAGAGACCGAGAGGCCCGAUAUAUCCUCUCUCCCCUCUGCUAAACUGGGAGAUGGCUCGGAGGAGGAUUCUCGCCCUACCAUUCUCGACCUUCUCCCUGCCUGCCUCGAAUGGCUCAAACAUAACAACACUAAGCUCGCAAAGCUAUCGUUAGUUAAUUAUGACCCAGGGAACUCAACGGCUGACGCGGACGGCCUCCUAACUACCCCAGGCGAGCUUGCAAUCAAAUCGAAUGUCAGACAGCCUGGCUUCAGCCUCGCGCGGUGGCUAUUCUGGAGACAGCGGUUCAAAGACUUGUACCACUCUGGAAACGAACCCCUGAUUAAGAUGGGGAGGGCUUGUUUUGAUGAGUCUAUUUUCAGUGGUCUCGGUGCUGGACUGAUUAUCCCUGGUGAGAAGAUAUAUCUAGAUCGGCUCUUUGAGGCGAUUGAUAAGGAGCUUGCGGCAAGGGGGAAUAUAGGUUCCGUUGAUGCGGCUGAGGUUGAAAUUGACAUGGACUGGGAUAAGGAGGACUUGAACGCUAGUUAG